CCACAGUCUAACAGCCUAUGGGUACAUUGCCCCCCUCCUACGAGAUAAGAAUCUAUAAUGGGCCAUUGCUGGUACGAUGCCGGCAAACAUUUAAAAACUCCAUCACUUGGCAAGCUCCAUCUUCUUGCAUGAUAGUCUUUUGCUACAUUACCAUCAGGACUACCCUUGUCUUGCCUUGUCUACUCUACACUACCAUAUCAGUCUUAAUACAUAAUAGUCAAGUCAUCUCAGAUUGUUACGUAUUUGCCAGACCAGCUAGAGAGUUAAGACACCUUCAUAAUUAUGGCUUCGCACGACGUGGAAAAGGGGUCCCUCCACGACACAGGGGAAAGCCCUAGGUCGACCGAGGCUGGCAACCGUGACUAUCACGUCGACGAUGGUACUAAAUCAGAGCACCAGACCUUUGCACCCAUACGGACCACGCGGCCCGAAACUGCGGCCAAUCAAGGGGCCUUAUAUAGGCCUCAGUCGGCGUCGUCCAGGUCUAUGACGCGCACGCGUUCCAACAACGGAUACGGCUGCGACGAUGACGACGUCCACGGUGGCACGAAUCUGUCCAGCGAUGAGGGAGUCUCCGAUCCGUACGAGGUCAAGUUUGACAAGGGAAAUCUUGACCCUGAUUGCCCGAGGAGUAUGCCCAGUGCUAGAAAGUGGCUGAUCGUAUUCAUAACCUCUUUUGGGAGUCUUUGCGUAACAUGCGCCAGCUCUGUGUAUACAUCGACCUAUGGGCAAAUGAACGCCGAGUUUGGUUGCUCCAAGAUCGUAGCCACGCUCGGCCUGUCAACCUUUGUCCUGGGCAUCGCGAUGGGGCCGGCAUGGUCGCCCCUGAGCGAGUUCUACGGCCGGCGGCCUAUAUACCUCGCCUCCUUUGCCCUCUUCGCCAUCUGGAUCAUCCCCUCGGCCGUGGCGCAAAACAUCGAGACCAUGAUCAUCGCCCGCUUCUUCCAGGGCCUGUCCGGAAGCGCCUUCCUCUCCGUCUCGGGCGGCACCGUUGGUGACCUGUUUGCCAGCGACGAGAUGUCGGUCCCCAUGUCGCUCUUCACCCUCGCGCCCUUUGUCGGCCCGAGCUUGGGACCGUUGAUCGGAGGCUUCAUCAACUUCAAUGUAUAUUGGCGAUGGACCCACUGGGUGCUUCUCAUAUGGGCGGCUGCUCUCUUCAUCGCCCUCGCGGUCUUUGUGCCCGAGACCUUCCAUCCGGUCAUCCUGCGCAAGAAGGCCCAGAGACUCAGGAAGGAAACCGGCGACGAGAGGUAUAAAGCACCCAUUGAACGCGUGACCAAGUCCAUCGCGAGCACCGUUGGUCACUCUCUGCUGCGGCCGUUUCAGCUGCUCAUCUCGGAACCCAUCUGCGUGGCUCUGGACGUCUACUCAGCCAUCCUGCUGGGGAUUUUGUAUCUCUUCUUUGGUGCAUUCCCCCUAGUGUUUGGUGUGAACCACGGCUUUAACCUGUGGCAGAUUGGCCCAACCUUCCUCGGCCUGCUCGUCGGUAUGUGUUUGGGCGUGGCGACAACCCCUUACUGGGAACGAGUGCGCCACCGCCUCAUUGCCAAGCUCGAGAAGGAGACUGGUAUCGAUGGCAUCAGCGAGCCCGAAUUUCAUCUGCCUCAAGUCAUAGCCGGCGGCAUAAUAAUCCCUAUCGGACUCUUUUGGUUUGCCUGGACCACUUAUCCCUCCAUACACUGGAUCGUCCCGAUCAUUGGUUCCGGUGUAUUUGCUGUAGGUAACAUGUUGGUGUUCAAGGGUAUAUUCACAUACCUGGUCGAUGCCUAUUCAACCUAUUCUGCCAGCGCCUUGGCCACAAACGUGUUUGUGCGAUGUGCUUUUGCCGCUGCAUUUCCCUUGUUCGGCAUCGAAAUGUAUGAUUCUUUGGGAUAUCAAUGGGCCACGUCCGUACUGGCAUUCCUGACGGUGGCGAUGCUACCAUUUCCUUUCAUUUUCUACUACUACGGAAAGGCAAUACGUAGCAAGAGUCGAUAUGCAACCAAGUCAUGAUCCAAGGGCGAUCAGGGUUUAGAAAGCGUAAAAAAAGUAUACGGAGUAAAAAGGGGGUGGUUGAAGGAAUAAAAGCGUCUUAGAACUGUCUUACUAUAAUACCAACAUAAAUAUCAUUACUGACAUAACUGGCGAAAUCAGUCGGGUGGUGGUGCCAGUCGACCACCUAGUCUAGAACUAGUUUGCAAUCAG